AGCUAGACGUCCGGGCAGCCCCCGGCGCAGCGCGGCCGCAGCAGCCUCCGCCCCCGGCACGGUGUGAGCGCCCGCCUCGGCCGAGGCGGCCGGAGUCCCGAGCUAGCCCCGGCGGCCGCCGCCGCCCAGAUCGGACGACAGGCCACCUCGUCGGUGUCCGCCCCAGUCCCCGCCUCGCCGCUAACGCCACAACCACCGCGCACGGCCCCCUGACUCCGUCCAGUAUUGAUCCGGAGAGACGGAGCGAGCUCUUCGGCGAGCAGCGAUGCGACCCUCCGGGACGGCCGGGGCAGCGCUCCUGGCGCUGCUGGCUGCGCUCUGCCCGGCGAGUCGGGCUCUGGAGGAAAAGAAAGUUUGCCAAGGCACGAGUAAUAAGCUCACACAGUUGGGCACUUUUGAAGAUCAUUUUCUCAGCCUCCAGAGGAUGUUCAAUAACUGUGAGGUUGUCCUUGGGAAUUUGGAAAUUACCUACGUGCAGAGGAAUUACGAUCUUUCCUUCUUGAAGACCAUCCAGGAGGUGGCUGGUUAUGUCCUCAUCGCCCUCAACACAGUGGAGCGGAUUCCUUUGGAAAACCUGCAGAUCAUCAGAGGAAAUAUGUACUAUGAAAAUUCCUACGCCUUAGCAGUCUUAUCUAACUAUGAUGCAAAUAAAACCGGACUGAAGGAGCUGCCCAUGAGAAAUUUACAGGAAAUCCUGCAUGGCGCCGUGCGGUUCAGCAACAACCCUGCCCUGUGCAACGUGGAGAGCAUCCAGUGGCGGGACAUAGUCAGCAGUGACUUUCUCAGCAACAUGUCGAUGGACUUCCAGAACCACCUGGGCAGCUGCCAAAAGUGUGAUCCAAGCUGUCCCAAUGGGAGCUGCUGGGGUGCAGGAGAGGAGAACUGCCAGAAACUGACCAAAAUCAUCUGUGCCCAGCAGUGCUCUGGGCGCUGCCGUGGCAAGUCCCCCAGUGACUGCUGCCAUAACCAGUGUGCCGCGGGCUGCACGGGCCCCCGAGAGAGCGACUGCCUGGUCUGCCGCAAAUUCCGAGACGAAGCCACGUGCAAGGACACCUGCCCCCCACUCAUGCUUUACAACCCCACCACGUACCAGAUGGAUGUGAACCCCGAGGGCAAAUACAGCUUUGGUGCCACCUGCGUGAAGAAGUGUCCCCGUAAUUAUGUGGUGACAGAUCACGGCUCGUGCGUCCGAGCCUGCGGGGCCGACAGCUAUGAGAUGGAGGAAGACGGCGUCCGCAAGUGUAAGAAGUGCGAAGGGCCUUGCCGCAAAGUGUGUAACGGAAUAGGUAUUGGUGAAUUUAAAGACACACUCUCCAUAAAUGCUACAAAUAUUAAACACUUCAAAAACUGCACCUCCAUCAGUGGCGAUCUCCACAUCCUGCCGGUGGCAUUUAGGGGUGACUCCUUCACACACACUCCGCCUCUGGACCCACAGGAACUGGAUAUUCUGAAAACCGUAAAGGAAAUCACAGGGUUUUUGCUGAUUCAGGCUUGGCCUGAAAACAGGACGGACCUCCAUGCUUUUGAGAACCUAGAAAUCAUACGCGGCAGGACCAAGCAACAUGGUCAGUUUUCUCUUGCGGUCGUCAGCCUGAACAUAACAUCCUUGGGAUUACGCUCCCUCAAGGAGAUAAGUGAUGGAGAUGUGAUAAUUUCAGGAAACAAAAAUUUGUGCUAUGCAAAUACAAUAAACUGGAAAAAACUGUUUGGGACCUCCGGUCAGAAAACCAAAAUUAUAAGCAACAGAGGUGAAAACAGCUGCAAGGCCACAGGCCAGGUCUGCCAUGCCUUGUGCUCCCCUGAGGGCUGCUGGGGCCCAGAGCCCAGGGACUGCGUCUCCUGCCGGAAUGUCAGCCGAGGCAGGGAAUGCGUGGACAAGUGCAACAUUCUGGAGGGCGAGCCAAGGGAGUUUGUGGAGAACUCUGAGUGCAUACAGUGCCACCCAGAAUGCCUGCCCCAGGUCAUGAACAUCACCUGCACGGGACAGGGACCAGACAACUGUAUCCAGUGUGCCCACUACAUUGACGGCCCCCACUGCGUCAAGACCUGCCCGGCAGGAGUCAUGGGAGAAAACAACACCCUGGUCUGGAAGUAUGCAGACGCCAGCCACGUGUGCCACCUGUGCCAUCCAAACUGCACCUACGGAUGCGCUGGGCCAGGUCUUGAAGGCUGUGCGAAUGGGCCUAAGAUUCCGUCCAUUGCCACUGGGAUGGUGGGGGCCCUCCUCUUGCUGCUGGUGGUGGCCCUGGGGAUCGGCCUCUUCAUGCGAAGGCGCCACAUCGUUCGGAAGCGCACACUGCGGAGGCUGCUGCAGGAGAGGGAGCUUGUGGAGCCUCUUACGCCCAGUGGAGAAGCUCCCAACCAAGCUCUCUUGAGGAUCUUGAAGGAAACUGAAUUCAAAAAGAUCAAAGUGCUGGGCUCCGGCGCGUUCGGCACUGUGUAUAAGGGACUCUGGAUCCCAGAAGGUGAGAAAGUUAAAAUUCCCGUUGCUAUCAAGGAAUUAAGAGAAGCAACGUCUCCGAAAGCCAACAAGGAAAUCCUCGAUGAAGCCUACGUGAUGGCCAGCGUGGACAACCCCCACGUGUGCCGCCUUCUGGGCAUCUGCCUCACCUCCACCGUGCAGCUCAUCACGCAGCUCAUGCCCUUCGGCUGCCUCCUCGACUAUGUCCGGGAACACAAAGACAAUAUCGGCUCCCAGUACCUGCUCAACUGGUGUGUGCAGAUCGCAAAGGGCAUGAACUACUUAGAGGACCGGCGCUUGGUGCACCGGGACCUGGCAGCCAGGAACGUACUGGUGAAAACACCGCAGCAUGUCAAGAUCACAGAUUUUGGGCUGGCCAAACUGCUGGGUGCAGAAGAGAAAGAAUACCAUGCAGAAGGAGGCAAAGUGCCUAUCAAGUGGAUGGCAUUGGAAUCAAUUUUACACCGAAUUUAUACCCACCAGAGUGAUGUCUGGAGCUAUGGGGUGACCGUUUGGGAGUUGAUGACCUUUGGAUCCAAGCCAUAUGACGGAAUCCCUGCCAGCGAGAUCUCCUCCAUCCUGGAAAAAGGAGAACGCCUCCCCCAGCCACCCAUAUGCACCAUCGAUGUCUACAUGAUCAUGGUCAAGUGCUGGAUGAUAGACGCAGAUAGUCGCCCAAAGUUCCGUGAGUUGAUCAUCGAAUUCUCCAAAAUGGCCCGAGACCCCCAGCGCUACCUUGUCAUUCAGGGGGAUGAAAGAAUGCAUUUGCCAAGCCCUACAGACUCCAACUUCUACCGUGCCCUGAUGGAUGAAGAAGACAUGGACGAUGUGGUGGAUGCCGACGAGUACCUCAUCCCACAGCAGGGCUUCUUCAGCAGCCCCUCCACGUCACGGACUCCCCUCCUGAGCUCUCUGAGUGCAACCAGCAACAAUUCCACUGUGGCUUGCAUUGAUAGAAAUGGGCUGCAAAGCUGUCCCAUCAAGGAAGACAGCUUCUUGCAGCGAUACAGCUCAGACCCCACAGGUGCCUUGACUGAGGACAGCAUAGACGACACCUUCCUCCCAGUGCCUGAAUACAUAAACCAGUCGGUUCCCAAAAGGCCCGCUGGCUCUGUGCAGAAUCCUGUCUAUCAUAAUCAGCCUCUGAACCCCACACCCAGCAGAGAUCCACACUACCAGGACCCCCACAGCACUGCAGUGGGCAACCCCGAGUAUCUCAACACUGUCCAGCCUACCUGUGUCAACAGCACAUUCGACAGCCCUGCCCACUGGGCCCAGAAAGGCAGCCACCAAAUUAGCCUGGACAACCCUGACUACCAGCAGGACUUCUUUCCCAAGGAAGCCAAGCCAAAUGGCAUCUUUAAGGGCUCCACAGCUGAAAAUGCAGAAUACCUAAGGGUCGCGCCACAAAGCAGUGAAUUUAUUGGAGCAUGACACGGAGGAUAGUAUGAGCCCUAAAAAUCCAGACUCCUUCGAUACCCAGGACCAUGCCACAGCAGGUCCUCCAUCCCAACAGCCAUGCCCGCAUUAGCUCUUAGACCCACAGACUGGUUUCGCAACAUUUACACCGACCAGCCAGGAAGUGCUUCCACCUCGGGAGCAUUUUGGGAAGUUGCAGGUGCAUUCCUUUGUCUUCAAACUGUGAAGCAUUUACAGAAACGCAUCCAGCAAGAAUAUUGUCCCUUUGAGCAGAAAUUUAUCCUUCAAAGAGGUAUAUUUGAAAAAAA